AUGGCCAAGGGUUUUUGUCAUAUCCGGCGUGCAUGUACUACAUCUGUAUAUACAUAUACAACACUCGCCAUCCGCCUUCACUACCACCACAGAGGCACCAGCUGCUCCACCAACACUAGUACUUGUCACAGUCAAGAAAUGGAGACUUCCAAGCUGUACCAGCUCCUCGAUGGACGGGUGGAGGAGAAAAGGGAUUCGGAUGGAAAGGACGGCUUCAAAAUAUAUCACAUCCAAUGGGAAGAAACAUUUGAUGCAGAAGGAGGCUUCAGAGUGUUCUCCAUCGGCCAACCCUCUAACCAGCCCACUAAGUGUGUGCUGCUGGUGGGGGUAACAGGAGCAGGAAAGACAACUUUAGUCAGUGGAGUCUUGAACAACUUCCUUGGGGUCAGCUUUGAAGACCCCUUUCGCCUACAAGUGAAAGAGGACACUGGUCGCGAGAUGACUCAGAGCCAGACAGACUUCAUUACUGUCUACACUAUUUACUACAAAGAGGGAAUGAAGCACAAGUACAAUCUGGUGCUCAUUGACUCUCCGGGCCUGGAAGACACAAGAGCAGAAGACCAGCCACGUGACAUAACACACCAAUUUGAAGAGUUUAUAGCGUCAGACCUGGGCGUUGAUGAUUUGCACUGUGUUGGCCUUGUUGCCAAAGCUACGACAAACAGGGAUCUCAAAUCUGAAAAGGCUGUACUAGAAGAAAUCAUUUCACUGCUGGGAGAAGCUGUCCCUGAAAUCACUCACAUUUUUGCAACCUUUGCUUGUGAUGAGCCUUUAGUUGAGGCUGUUGUGAAGAACGCUGGUGUCAAGUAUAAAAGCAUGUUCCAGUUUGACAACGGCAUGCUUUUCUCUCCAACUAGUGCCAAGUCUGACAAGGAACUAGCCUUUUGGUCUUACAGAUGGGACAAAAUGAGAGAGCAUUACGAUGCAUGGUUUGGAGCAUUGACUAAAGCUUUUCCUUUGAGUUUGGAACUCAUUAGAGAGAGAAAUAUUUCGAUACAUGCAAGAAGAACUUGAAGGCACAGAUAGAAAACUUAGCUGCUUCAGUAACAGAGAUGGAAAUGAAUAAGAAUGCUUACACCAAAUAUGAACAGCAAAGAGUUACAAAUAAAGACUGGAAGCAGA